AUGAAAGCACCUUGGGAUCUAUUAGCUCUUCGCACACAGUACUAUGAAGCUGCCAUAAAAGCAAUGUUACAAUCCAUAGGUGUACCACUUGAAAAGUUAAAAUUUGUCAGAGGUACAGAAUAUCAGCUAAGCAAGGAAUACACACUUGAUGUCUACCGUAUGUCAUCUGUAGUUACAGACCAUGAUGCUAGAAAAGCAGGUGCUGAGGUUGUGAAACAAGUGGAUCAUCCAUUACUAAGUGGACUUCUGUACCCUGGACUUCAAGCAUUGGAUGAAGAAUACUUGAAAGUUGAUGCUCAAUUUGGUGGUGUGGAUCAGAGAAAAAUUUUCACAAUGGCAGAAAAAUAUCUACCACAACUGGGUUAUGCAAAAAGGGUACAUCUAAUGAAUCCUAUGGUGCCAGGACUUACUGGAGGUAAAAUGUCAGCAUCUGAAGAAGAUAGUAAGAUUGAUCUCUUAGAUAACCCUGCAAAUGUUAAGAAGAAACUUAAAAAAGCUUUCUGUGAACCUGGUAAUAUUACUGAGAAUGGAAUCUUAUCAUUUACAAAGUUUGUAGUAUUUCCACUGAUGAAGAAUGAUGAAAGUUUUAAAAUCAGUAGACCAGUAGAGUAUGGUGGUGAUCUUGAGUUUUCUAAUUUUGAAGAUCUUGAAAAUGCAUUUGCUAAACAAGAAAUACAUCCAGGUGAUCUGAAAGCUAGUGUUGAAGCUGCUAUCAAUAGACUUUUGGCUCCUAUUCAGGAAAUUUUCAAAGACCCCAAGUUACAAGAACUUGCCAAGAAGGCUUACCCACCUCCUUCUAAAAGUAAAGGUAAUGCAGCAGCAGCUUCUGAUGAAAGUACACCAACCAAACUAGAUAUUAGAGUUGGACGUAUAGUUGAGGUAUCCAGACAUCCGGAUGCUGAUGCUCUAUAUGUAGAAAAGAUUGACCUUGGAGAAGAUGAGCCAAGAACUAUUGUAUCUGGCUUAGUAAACUAUGUACCUAUUGAAGAAAUGCAAAAUCGAGAUGUUGUUGUGUUAUGUAACUUAAAACCAGCUAAAAUGCGUGGUAUAGAGUCAAGAGGUAUGGUACUUUGUGCUUCCAUUGAUGAGCCUAAACAGGUAGAGCCGUUACUAGCUCCAGAAGGUAGUAAGCCAGGUGACCGGGUAGUUAUAGAGAAUUAUGAAUCUGGCAAACCAGAUGAUGUUUUAAAUCCUAAGAAAAAAGUAUGGGAAAAAUUGCAAAUUGAUUUGAAAACGAAUGAAAAGCUUUUGGCAGUAUGGCAGGGUAAUAAGCUUAUAAGCAAAGUAAAUGGAAAUCCUGUUACAACUAAGUCUAUAAAGAAUGCACCUAUUAAAUAG